AGGGGCGAUGUUGACCGCCUUAUUGAAGACUGCAGUGGAAGAAAUCGCCUGGGAGGGCCCUCCGGGAGUUUCCUGGCCCAAACUCUUGGAGCGGCUCAAAGAAAGCGGCUCGAAGGUGGACGAACAUGUGAGAAAGGCCUUGUGGGCAGAAGUCUCCUCCAGCAGCAAGAUUCUCCUCCGCGGCAAAGCCGGCAAGAGCGUGUCGGGCAGGGGAAGCAAGGUGCCAGAACCCAGCGCCAACCAGCAGAUUGUUUUAGAUGUGCCACAAGAGGUGCGCCAACGGCUGCUGUUGCUGGAUGCCCACCCGGACUUAGCCACCAACGAGCUCUCCGUGAAGGCGCUUCAGUUGGUGGCGAAAGCCCGGCAGAGAGGAUGCUCUGGGGAACCAUGAGUUUGUCUGCCCAGUUGGGCGUGAGCAGCCGGGAUUUGUUUUAUCCAAUGGAAGGCUUGAGAACUGCGGGCCUUUUGGUUGGCGUGGUUGCACUGCACACAGGGAAAGAAGGCAAAGAAUCUUCGGGCGCGAUUGCGAAGGACGCCGAUGCUGCCGAAAAAACAAGAACUCUCCGGGUGUCCCACUCAGCGUCGCCACUGGCCCUGGGUGCAGCUGUGCAAGCGCAAGUCCACGGAAACCAUUUUGUUUUCUCCCGUUUCUUUGAUCCAGACAACGUGGAACAGACCCAGAUCGAGGUGCUCCUUCAGGGUUCAUCUUCCAGGCUUAAAAACCAAAUUUUACAUGCGCUGAAGAUCAACUCCUCAGUGGGACUCUUGACAAGAAUUGAUUUCAGAUCCUGUAGAUGAAGACGGCUCAAAGAACUCUCCCGCAGCAACGAGAAGGUUUGAACACAGUCGUGUUUUCGACUUCUUCAGCCACACUGUUUUUGAUGUGCAUUCAUGUUGUUUCGUCCUUGUUGGUCCAUGCUGAGAGAAACUGCCCAGAAGCUGCAAUAUUGAACAUCCUUGAAGCUCAGUGGAACAUUGCCAAACAAAAAGACCAAACUGCCAAACACAUUCCUAAUCCUCAAGCACAAACACCAAAGAUGUUUUUUCUCUUCUUUGUCCAAUGAUGCUUGGGAUGACCACCAGUGGUGGCCACCGGUGCCCGCCAAUCUCAGGCUUUGAAAAUGACCUACGCUCGGUGCUGGCGGAAUCGCUGGAAGAGACCUCACGGCCCGGCAUGUC